AUGAAGGUUAUCGGUUUGGUUAGCGGCGGCAAAGAUAGCUGCUAUAACAUGAUGCAAUGUGUUGCACAUGGACACGAGAUUGCUGCACUUGCCAACUUGAAGCCUCCACUACAAUCCGGCAAAGAUGAACUUGAUAGCUACAUGUAUCAGACGGUUGGUCACGAUGCUAUUCAAUACUAUGCAGAAUGUAUGGAUGUACCUUUAUACCGCGGUGAGAUACGAGGUACGCCUAUCCACCAAGAGAAUAACUACGUCGCUACGCCUGAGGACGAAACGGAGGACCUGUACAAGCUAUUAUCUGAAAUUGUGAGAAUCCAUCCUGAUAUUCAAGGUGUGUCUGUCGGUGCAAUUCUAUCAAAUUACCAACGGGUUCGAGUGGAACAUGUAUGUGAUCGUCUUGGACUCAAGUCACUGGCCUAUCUUUGGGAGCGCGACCAAAAAGAGUUAUUAAAAGAAAUGGCAGACUCGGGUGUGCAAGCCAUUCUCGUUAAAGUUGCCGCCAUGGGCUUAAAGGCAUCUCACUUGGGAAGGACUAUUGGUGAAAUGUACCCACUACUGUGUGAAUUGAAUGAUAAAUAUCAGUGUCAUAUUUGUGGUGAGGGAGGUGAAUACGAAACUUUUACUCUUGACUGCCCGCUUUUCAAGAAGCGCAUCAUAGUAAAUGAUACCCAGACGAUCGUUCAUUCGGAUGAUGCGUUUGCACCUGUUGCAUAUCUUAAGUUCAAGCACUGCUCUCUCCUAGAUAAAGAAUGA